UACUAUUCCUUCGUGUCUGCAUCCCUUCCAUAAUCUCAUAGAGAAAAUUCCAAAACACACACAUACCCCCUCUCUCUCUGUUGAUGGAAAAUAUAUCUGAGGCAUCACCAUCAUCACCAGGGAGUUCUUCCUUGGCAAGUCCAAGUAUUCAAAUGGUUUCGAAAUCAGUCUCCGAGAGACUUCUUGGUAAGUUCUUCGAUGCAUCUCAAUAUGACUUCGAUUAUGAGCAAAGUGGUCUUUGGUCUCCACCAAUACCUGCCAGAAGGGUUUUCUUGGCUUCACCAGCAGGCCAUAUUUACUCCAAAGAUGAGUUCUUCUCGGAGCUCAAGAAAGGAAAGAGAGCGUGUAGAAAGCGCAGUGCUUGCUUCAAUGCCUUUUGGUGCACUUGAAGACGACUACCUUGAUUGGUGCCAUCCCCGCCUUAUUUUUUCUCUUACAAAGGCAUGUUUAGUCUCAAUCACUGCUCCCAAGCUGCAUUGGGAAGCUUAAUGGAUGAUAGUCAAAAAGGUUCAAUUCAAGAAUAUUGAACCCCUAUAUAUAUAUAUAUAU